AUGCAUGUGCAACUGAUCUCAUCGCUCACUAGUAUAUAAGGCCUCGCGCUGCUAUAGCAAACAUCUAUGACUGACUGAAAUGCGCUGCAUAAUGUCUCUGUUCACCAUCUCUCUCAUCAGCAGCGUUCUUCUGAUCCUGUUUCCUCAUACUCCAGCUGCAUAUGGUCCGCUGAACUAUGCCUGUUGUGUGAAAUACACUCAAAAUCCUCUGCCCUUUGGUGUGAUCAAGGGAUUCAUGGAGCAGAAGUCCACUGAGGUGUGUCGCAUAGACGCCAUCAUUUUUCUCACCAAGAACAACAAGAAGGUUUGCGCGAGCAUCAAGGAUCAGUGGGUGAGAGCAGCGCUUGCACGUCUGAGGUCAAAAAUAGAGAAACUGACAGAACAGGGCAAUCAGCGUCUCACCACUGCUGGACUGAAACACACGGCUCACACGUCCAAACGCCCAUGAAGAUUUCACAAAUAAUGUGGCUUUAAACAUGUUUUUAAUACAUGAAGGCAUAUUAUAUUAAUUACUGAUGAUUUAUUCUUAUACGUCAUGCUUUAAAUUCUAUUCUGACAACAUAUCUAUAUCUAUAUCUACAACAUUUAUUAUGACCUUUUUUUAGAUUUGUUAAAAAAAAUAAAAUUGAAACAUUAAAAGUUACAUUUAUUAUUAUUUGCUUUGCAUGCUACUUACAGUAAAAGGAAAUCCCAAUUGGGAGAGAAUAGUACACAAAAUGAUCGCUCUGUGCUUUAGAACAAACCAUAGCAUAUCUGUGUAAAGGUGUAAGCUUCUGAUAAAUCUGAGACUAAAUUCAUAA